AUGCCAUGGAAAAUUUCGUCAAUCGCAUCAGCCCGCCAGGAGCCAUUGUAUAAUGAGAGGAUAGGAGCCGUUGAGAUUCUAGUUUAUUCUAUUGCUGAUACGAUAAACAAUGAUAAAACAACAGAUGCAAUAAAAAUUUCCAUUCCCGACAACCCUGACGCGUCGCCAGAAGAGAAAGCUGACAAACUUCGAGGUGGCGGAGACGGCGCGAUUUUAGCGAUAGCGCUCUGUUGCUGUCUGAUAUUUUUUGUUGCUCCUUUGGUUACUGGCAUUGUGUUGGCUGCCAAAGGCGAAAAAGAAGUUGGCUAUCCUCUUAUUGGUGUUAGUCUCUUUCUUUGCUUCUGUGGUGGCGGUGGCGGUACUUAUUACAAAAACAGUUGA